CGAUCACUCACUUUCUUGAUCUUCUUUUUGUGCCACCUCACAUUUCCUUUCUAUUCUCUGCAAAACUACUGAAUAAACAAAUGUGAGAGUGAGAGAGAGAGAGAGAGAGAGAGAGAGAGAGAGAGAGAGAGAGAAACGACACCAUCACUACUUCAUAGCUGUUUUAAUAACCUUUUCAGAGUUGCCUUCAGUUUCAAUUUCCCAAGUAUUAAAAUCCUCGGGGUUUCUGGGUUUUUCCAGUUUCAUCACUGGAGAACUCUUAAUUGUUGCUCUUUAGCUAUUGGGUUGAUCUUAAUUUGAUUGCUCUGUCUUUCAUUUAAUUCUAUCUCUAAGUUUGGAAGUUACGGAGAUAAAAAGUUUAUCAUUAUAGUGAGAGAUGGGAACUCAAAGAUUGGAAUUUGGAGUUAGAGUUAGGAAAUUAAUGGUGAUAUCAGUUAAAAUAUGUUAUAGAUCAGUUUGGAAUCAUCCAUUUUUUUUUGGGUUGGUUUGCUUUUUGAUGCUUUUGUAUACCUCAUUUCCUUUGUUAUUUUCUGCUUUGGUUACUGCAUCUCCUGUUUUGGUCUGCACUGCUGUUUUACUUGGUACACUAUUGAGUUUUGGGUCACCAUACAUACCUGAAAUCAAUGAAAAGGAAGAAGAAGAGAAAGCUAGCCAUGAUGUUCCAGAAUUGAAAACCAGGGCUACUGAGGACAAUACUGUUGUGGAGAGAAAUGUUGGUGGUGAUGAUUUUGUUGAAGAAAGACAUGUAGGGGAGAGGUGGGGUAUAGUCAAGAAUGCUGAGGAGAAAGUUAAUUUGGUCUAUAAUGAGGUUGGUGAAGUCGAGGAAGAUGAUGGUUCAGUUCGUUAUAAGCUGUUGGUGGAUGACGAUUUGGAUUCUAGGGAUAUUCAUUGUGAGAAUGGGGUGAUUGAUGAGGUAGAGGGAUCAUUGAAUGAUUCGUUGGUGGAGAAGAAGAGGGAAAUCCAGGAGGAGAUUCUAGGAAGUGAAGGCCUGUUGAGUAUGGUGAAGGCAUUGGAUGAUCAUCAUGUUUUGACGGAUACUGUAGGAGAUAGGAAUCUUGAAGUGGAGGAUUGCAAACUCAGAGAAGAUCUCAGUGAUGAACAAAGGGAUGAUGAAUUCGAUUCUCUGGUGUUCUCUUGGAAACAUGCUGUGGACAAUGAGGAUGAUGGUGAUGAUGAAUCGUUGGAUUUUGGUUCUGAUGGUGCUGAUAGUUCCUCUCCUGAUGCUUCAAUGGCUGAUAUGAUUCCGAUGCUUGAUGAGUUGGAUCCGCUUUUGGGCUCUGGAGCUCCACAACCAGCUCAGUUGUCUGAUAAUGGUUCAGAUGCCAUCUCAGAGAGGUCUCAUGAUAGUAAUAAUGAUGAAAGUGUUGAGUCCGAUGAGUUAGAAAAUCAAAGGGAGGAAGAUGAUGAUGAUGACGAUGAGAAGGAUGCGGGAGAUGGAGCUAAGGAAGAUAAAGAGGAUGAAAGUAAAUCCGCAAUCAAAUGGACAGAGGAUGAUCAAAAGAAUCUCAUGGAUUUGGGGACUUCAGAGCUCGAAAGAAACCAACGAUUGGAUAAUCUUAUUGCAAGGAGAAGGGCCCGUAAAACCAUGAGAUUGAUGAUUGAGAAGAAUCUGAUAGACGUGAAUAGUGCUAAUAUUCCCUUAAACAUCACACCAAUUUCUACAACAAGACAUAAUCCAUUUGAAUUUCCAUAUGAUUCCUAUGAUGACCUAGGGUUACCGCCCAUUCCGGGGUCUGCUCCGACUAUUUUGCAGCCAAGAAGAAACCCUUUUGAUCUUCCUUAUGACUCUAGCGAGGAAAAACCCGAUCUUAAAGGAGAUAGUUUCCAGGAGGAGUUUGCUGGUGUUAAUCAAAGGGAAACAGUUCCCCAAAGAGAAGCCUUCUUAAGAAGACAUGAAAGCUUCAAUGUGGGACCAUCAUCUUUAGGUUUUCCUCAGCAAGAGCUUAAGUGGAAACCAUAUUUUGUCCCAGAGCACUUAGUAACUGAAGGAUCUAGCUCUUCUUCAUUCCAUAGGCAGUCAAGUGAAGUUAGUGAGUCGAAGUUGAGUUCUGUUCCUGAUACUGAAUCAGUGAGUUCAGUUGUGGAUGAGGAGGACAAGUCAUAUGAGCAAGACAUUUCUCAAGAAACUGAACUGGUCACAAAUGAAGAUCAUGUUUCUUUCCAUGAUGAACAAGAGAGCAUAUCGUCUGGGGAUGUUGAGCUUGCAGAUGUUGAUCAAGUUGAGAAUAGAGGUGUUCACCUUGCUGUGGUUGGGAUCACAUUCAGAGAUGGAGAAAGUCAGCUGGAAACAGAAUCAGAUUUUCCUGAAGCUGGAGCAACUGCUUAUGUGCAAUUCAAUACGACUGAAACAGAAUCAAAUUUGACUGAAGCUGGAGCAACUACUCUUUUGGAACUCAAUCCAAGUGAUAUUUAUCCCAGAACAGGGCCAGUUGACGAGGAUUUUAGCAGUAGGUCCAGUUUGUCAUCGUUAUCGGAAAUAGAUGAAAAGAUAUCUGAUUUCACUGGAGUAGAAGCUGCAGGUUUUGAACCGAGAGGUCAUGAAAUUAAAGAAUCUUCCAUAUCCAUACAACCAUCAUUUGAAGAAUCAGAAUUCCAUUUUACAACUAGGGUGGUGGAUGAUAAUCAGCAUAGCGAACCUGUUUAUGAUUCAAGUCCAUCAGUUGAGAAGAUCCUCUCAUUUUCAUCUGCAUCUCCUGAGGCACAAGCUGAGACAUCUGAAAUGGGUGCACCCUCAAUGUUUGUUGAGUCAAUUGAUAAGGAACCUGAAGGAAUUGGUGAAACAAGAGAACAGGGUACUUCUAGUUUUCAAGAGAUGCAUGCAGCAUCCUUGGAUUUGUUUGAAAACGAACCAAGGGUAAGGGAUCUACCAGAGAUCAGUGAGCAUGAUGGUACAGAAGCUGGUUCAUCAGGGGUUUCUUCCACUUUUUCUGAUCAUAAUGUAUCACCAGUGCCUGAAUCUGUGGUUGAAUAUGUUUCAAUAGAUGCAGGCUCGUCAUCUUCUGACAGAGGAUUGGAGGACAGUUUCUCAAAAAAGGAAGACAGCUUUAUCCAUCAAGAGGACCUAUUAAGCCUUGGUGCAGAGAUGAAUCUUGCUGCUGAGCAAGGAAUGGGUAAGAUUUUGGAUUGUUUACCAGAAGAACAACAGCAUCUGAUGAACCCCGUUGAAUUUUCAGAGGCUGCUCCAGGAGAUUGGCAUGCAGUUGUAAAGGAAGACACUCUGCUUGAGCGAGAUGAAAUACAUUCGUCAAGUUCAUCAGAGCAUGACUUAGUAGCGGGGGGUGUUUGGCCCAAGGAAGAAAUCAUCCAGACUGAAUGCUGUCAAAUGCAUUUGUCAAACUUGGAUGCAAGUCUUGAUGUUGAAGCCCACCAUGAUAAGGGUGAGGAGUUGUCUUCCACAACUUUGACUCUCCAGGCUAUGCCUUACAAUGAUGAAAGUUCAUCCACAGAGGAUGAAUAUUAUCACAUAACAGUGGCUCAAGUUAACCCUUCAAAGGCUAACCUCAGGGAGGUGCUUAAAACUGACUCUGAAAUGGGUCAAGUUCAACCAAUAUAUUCGGAUUCAAAGAUUGAUUGCGAUGUUGACCAUGAUAUGAAUUUGGAGGGAAUUCCUUUUAACUCUAGUUAUCAAGCUCUGCCUUCUAGAGAAAACCCACCAGCAUUGGAGAAACAGCUGAUGCUGUCUAAUUCUAUGGAUGAACCAUCCAUUGAUGAACAUGAUAAGCUGGAGGAACCAUCUAUUAUUGCAAUGGAGUCUACACUGGAAUUAGACUUUGGCAACAAUGAUGUUGAUUUACUUAAAAUUCCUGGGUCUGAAGACAAACUUUCAGCAAACUACACUUGCAUGACUUCGGAAUCUACUUUUCCUGCUGAGAGUCCUGAACAUUCAUUGCCAACGGAUCGAGAUUUGAAAGAGCGGAUCCUAAAUGAAAUGGAAAGUGAGGGCAGCCCUCAAGAUCUAUCAGAACACUUUAAUCAUGCAGCAGAAAUAUAUGAAGAGGAUAAAGAGAUUAAAGAGAUUAAUGAAAAAAUUCUCUCUGAAUUGGAUGCCAUUGGGGACUUCAAUCUCAGGAAAACUGAUUUACCAGAGGGAUCUCAUACUGCCUAUACGGAAUCUCCAGUCUUACCGGAGGAUACGAAGACCAAGGCCAAUGUUGAUCAGCCUGUUCUUGAAGCAAGAUCAGUAGAAGAUAUUGAUUUGGCUUUCAAGCAACUUUAUGAAGGGAUCGAUGUUGAGGAAGUAAUUCAUCCACCAAGUAUGAUUGAGAAUCCACAGGAUCAAGCAGAUACCAAUCCAAAAUUACCUGUUGGUGAGGUAAGAUCUCUAGAGGAUAUUUGUAAAGCUUUCCAACAAAGCCCGGAAUCUAAUUCAGCAGAGCUGCCAUAUUCUUCAGACAUUUGAAAUGGAUCAUCUGAAAUACAGCAGAAUGAUGUGGUUUCCACUAAAAAGAUUCAAACUAGUAAUGUAGUCUCUGGUAUUCAAGAAAACAGGGAGAAUGCUGCUAAUGAAGAAGCAUCUGAAAAUCGAGUCUGAACCUUAAAGGUAAGAAAACAAAAUCUAAUGACUCAAGCUCUAGCUGGAGCUCCAGGCAAGAAAAUAUAUAGUUCAGAAAGAGAAAAGAGAAGUAAGUUUGGUGUUAAGUUUUUGGGUUGUCUAGUUUGGUUACCAUCAUGUUUUUUUGAUUAAUGGUAGUCAUUUUCUUUUUAUUGAUUGAUUGAUUUCUUCAACAAUGAGUUGUGGUUUGGUUUGUUCCUUUCUUUUUUUUUUCUUCUUAUUUGGUUGUUUUCUGCCUUUCAAUGGUAUAUGAUUGAUUUUGAUGGUUGAAUAUUUGGUUGUGUAAAUUAUAGAUGGGGGUUGUAGAAGUGCUCAAUUCUAAUUCUAAUCAUAUUUGUGGAGUUGCUUUUCUAA